AUGGUUCGCAUGGCGGGAUCCAAAUUGUUGGCACGGCUGUUGUUGCUGAUCUCGUCGGUAACGCUUAUCUCCCUGCUGGCCCUGACCCGAUGCGGUCUCGGUGGACUGAUCGCAACCGAAAACGGUUUCGUCAAUGUUAACGUGCCGUCGUCGGGAAGCUCGUCGGCAGUCGACGAGGCGGACUUUGGUGGCAGUUCCGGCAAUCGAGAGCCCGCCGUUGCCGCAUUGUCUGUCUCCAAUCGAUUGGCACACGAUGAACAGCAGAACGGUUAUCUGCAGAUGCUGCAGCAACGGGAAGAAGAAAACAUUAAGGAGGUAGCGAAGUUAACGGCUGAGAUCAAAGCGUUGAAGUUGCAAAUUUUGCAGCUUAAAAAUGGCGCUCAAGCGGCAGCGGCCAUUGUACAGGCCGCUGUUCAGCAGGUGCCAUCGGGUGAACUGCUCAACACCAGUGUCGGUACCAGUGGACUGAAUUCUCCGCAAACACCAACGCUGCACGAUUGUUCCGCGUUCAUUCGUAGGCAGGUCGGAUCUGCCGAAAUUCUACAUGGUCUUCCGUUAAACAACGAAUACGAGCUGAUUCCGUUUAAUCAUUUUACAUUUAGCCGAGUUUAUCCCAUAGAGUUGGGCCUCGGAAAACGUGUCGUCGAAAAACCUAUCGGUUAUAAACGUCGAGAUAUUUUAGGAGCACUGAACAAAGCGAUCGAAACGCUAAACCGAAACAUCAGUGCGAAUAUGAUGAAAUACACGUUGGAUGAUUUUAGCGAGGGAAUUUACCGUAACGAACCGACUACCGGUACGCAAUAUGAGCUGUACUUUCGGACCAAGGAAGCUGGCAAGGCUGGUUCCGGCAGUGGGCAGCAUCAUGACCAUGGCAAUCAUGGAACGACUAAACUGAUUGUGAUGCGACCAUUUGCACCGCUGCAAACGGUGCAGAUGGAAGCGUUUCCCAAACAGCAGGAGAAGGAAUUGAUCCACAUCAUUCUGCCCCUGUCGGGACGGACGUCGACCUUCCAGAGCUUCAUGGAUAAGUACGUGAAGAUUGCUCUGAAGCACGACAAGCGGGUGCACCUGACGGUGGUGUACUUCGGCGAGGAUGGCCUGUCGGAGGCGCGGUCCAUCAUGAGCCGGGUGAUUGGCAUGAAGAAUUCCGGCGGCAAUUCGUCCAAUCUGAAGCUGCUCGCUCUCAACGAGACGUUUUCGAGGGCGAAAGCCCUCCGAGUUGGUGCUGAAAAAGUUUGGAGCAGCAAUGUAAAUAAGGAAAAAGACGUGCUGCUGUUCAUGUGUGAUGUAGAUAUAGUGUUUAGUGCUAAAUUUUUAGAUAGAUGCCGCUGGAAUACCAAACCGAACAAAAAGGUCUACUACCCGGUGGUGUUCAGCCUGUACAACCCGCACGUGGUGUACACGCUGCAGGGCAAGGAAGUGCCCCCGGAAACGGACCAGCUGCUGAUUUCGAAGGAUUCCGGCUUCUGGCGGGAUUUCGGCUACGGCAUGACGUGCCAGUAUCGAUCGGAUUUCCUCAGGGUGCGCGGUUUCGACGAGGAAAUCAUCGGCUGGGGCGGCGAGGACGUGAUGCUGUACCGGAAGUACGUCCGGUCGCACAUCAAGGUGAUUCGGGCGACGGAUCCGGGCAUUUUCCACAUCUGGCAUCCGAAGGUGUGCACCGGGGUCGCUGCCGGUCAGAAGCUGUCGGUCGAUCAGUACCGGGCGUGCAUUCGAUCGCGGGCGCUCAAUGAGGCCUCGCAUGCUCAGCUGGGUUUUCUGGCCUUCCGGGAUGAUAUUGUGGCGAACGAGGGGAAGAUGCUGGGGAAUUUUAGUAAAGCGCUCAGUAAGAGCCGAACCGGUGGUUCGGAAGAUCCGAAGAAAGUUACAACGACCGAUGCGAACAGGAAGAGUACAUGA